AUGGCGGAGAGCCCGGCGGCCGAGGACGCGGCCCCGGCCCCGGCCGCGGUGCUGACGGCGGGCGGCGGCAGCGCCUCCCCCAGCGCCGCCGGUGCCGCGGGGACUCCCGGCGUCUUCAUCCCCGCCGAGCUCUGGGCGGCGGCGGGCUUCGGCGCGGCCGCGGCGCCCGGCAGCGGCGUGGCCCCCGGUAGCGGCGGCGGCGGCGGCGGAGCUCCCAUGGCGGCGGCGGCGGCGGGGGCCGCGCUCCUCACGCACUCCGCCUUCUGGGACCCCACGGUCAGCGGCGACUGGGACAGCGAGCGGCCCAGCCCGGCCUGCCUGCUGCGGAUCAAACGCCCCCUCCGUGCCGUGCAGAUCCACGCUCUGAUCACGGGUCCCUUUGACACCCCCUACGAGGGCGGCUUCUUCCUGUUCCUGUUCCGCUGCCCCCCGGACUACCCCAUCCACCCGCCGCGGGUCAAGCUCAUGACCACGGGCAACAACACGGUCAGGUUCAACCCCAACUUCUACCGCAACGGCAAGGUCUGCCUCAGCAUCCUGGGGGGUCUGCCUCAGCAUCCUGGGGAGCGGCACCCCGGGGACAGCAAGAACUACAACGAGUGCAUCCGGCACGAGACCAUCCGGGUGGCCGUGUGUGACAUGCUCGAGGGGAAAUGUCCCUGCCCCGAGCCCCUGCGGUACCGGAUGAUCAGGAAUGAGGGAUCCCAGGAUGAUCAGGAAUGA